GCGGCGUUGGGGAUCAUUCAAUAAUCUGUAUACCGCGGUCGUCAGGCUUCGUCGCACAUAGCGUGCUUUAAAAUAACAAUGUUUCAUGCAUGUCUCUGUCCCAUCUCGCUCUCGGACACGGUGGUGAACUACCUCUUGACUCGGAUCCAAUAGUCCUUAAUCGUUAUCUGUCGCCAGUCUGCUAUGGAUUCGCUUUUCACUCAAGACGAUCAGGCUCCAGUCACUCCGUUCAGUAGCUAUACGCCGCGUGUCGCAAUCGUCACGGGCGGUGCACAGGGUCUAGGAUAUGCUAUUUCUAACAGACUCGCUGACGAUGGAAUCGAUAUCGCAAUCAACUCUGUUGUCGAGGAAUUGCGUAAGAAAGGUCGGCGUGCGAUUGCCGUUCCAGGAGACGUAUCCUCAGAAACAGACGUAAUCGCCAUUAUUGAGAAGACCAUGGUUGCGAAUGCAGGAAUUGCACGGCUUUGUAGCUUCCUUCAGACAAGCGUCGAUACUUAUGACAGUGUCCUUGGAAUUAAUGCUCGCGGCGCUUUUAUGUGCUUUAAAUGUGCCGCGCUGCAGAUGAUAAAGCAAGGACGUGGCGGAAGACUCAUCGCCGCGAGCUCCAUCAUGGGCAAACAAGGUUCACAAAAUUUGACAGCUUAUUGUGCCUCUAGGUUCGCUGUCCGUGGGAUUGUGCAGACCGCAGCUAUUGAAUUACGCAGACACGGUAUUACGGUGAAUGCGUAUGCUCCUGGACGUAUCCCGACAGGAAUAUGUUCGUGACUUCUUUCAAAAGCAUAAAUACACUGUGUGCGUGGCGAAAUACUUAUAGAAAUAUCAAGCGACUGGAGUGGUUGUGGAUACUAAGCAG